CUGGUGGGUUCAAACAGCUGACCUUUUGGUUAGCAGCCAAGUGCUUAACCACUGUGCCAUCAGGGCUCCUUUAUUACAGAGGCAUGAUUGAUCGAGUCAUGCCUCCUCACCCUAAGGUCAGCUGAUAUACUCUGGGUCUUUCUAGCCUAGCUAACCCGCACCUGAGUCAUCUUACUAUAAAAACCUGUAAAGUAUUGUCGUUCUGGAGUCCUUAUAGUUAACAAAGCCACUUCAAUCUCUGGGGGUAUUCCAAGGUUUUAGAGGUUAUCUGUCUCUCAGGAACCAACGAUAAAGACCAAAUGUUUUGGAUAAACUUAACUGUAAACCCCAAGAUUUGUUUUUAAGAUCUGUGGAGAAGUAUUCAGAUGAAAUGAUAGUCAUUAUUUUAAUGAGGAAGACUAAAUUUUCCACUAUAUAUGACUUUGGUUUGAGGUUUUUUGUUACAUUGCUGCUGUCCCAUUGAUAAUUUUCCUGAUUUUCAGCUUGUUAAUAAACUGUUUGAGUUCCUGGAAAGUAUUGGUUAGUGUUUCUUUAGAAUACUUAUCUGCAUUUAGUAUUUGCUUUUUCAAAUUGGAAGCUGCCUUGAAGUCAGGAACUGUGUUUUGGUCACUUUGUAUUCUUGGUGCCCAACAAUAUGUGCUUGAUACUGGCUCAAUAAAUAGCUGAAUGAAGAAAAGUUCAUCCCUGUGCCUUUCUCCCUUUCUCUGGCUUCAGUUCUGUAUAGGUGUGUUAAUGCCAAGGUGCCAGUGUGGUACCUGGUCACACAUAGCACCUUUCCAGUGAGGCUAGUCCAUCUCUGGUAAAGGAGACUUCUCAUCUGGUUGAACUAGUGCAACUUACUGUUUUCUUGCUUCCUAAAACUAAAAUGGGAAACGUUCUUACUUAUUCCACUGUAACUGCUUGUUCUGUUUCCUUAGGAGAAGUUUUUGCAAUAUGUGGAAGCUGUGAUGCUUUGGGAAAUUGGAAUCCUCAAAAUGCUGUAACUCUUUUUCGAGAGAAUGAGACAGGUGAAGGCAUGUUAUGGAAAGCAACCAUUGUACUCAGUAGAGGAAUAUCAGUUCAAUACCGCUACUUCAAAGGGUGCUUUUUAGAACCAAAGACUAUCGGUGGUCCAUGUCAAGUCAUAGUUCACAAGUGGGAGACUCAUCUACAACCACGAUCAAUAACCCCUUUAGAAAGUGAAAUUGUUAUUGACGAUGGACAAUUUGGAAUCCACAAUGGUGUUGAAACUUUGGAUUCUGGAUGGCUGACAUGUCAGACUGAAAUAAGAUUACGUUUGCAUUACUCUGAAAAACCUCCUGUCUCAAUAACCAAGAAAAAAUUAAAAAAAUCUAGAUUUAGGGUAAAGCUGACACUAGAGGGUCUGGAGGAAGAUGAUGAUGAUAGGGUAUCUCCUACUGUUCUUCACAAAAUGUCUAAUAGCCUAGAGAUAUCUUUAAUAAGUGACAAUGAAUUCAAGUGCCGGCAUUCCCAGCCAGAGUGUGGGUAUGGCUUACAGCCUGAUCGUUGGACGGAGUAUAGCAUACAGACAAUGGAACCAGAUAACCUGGAACUAAUCUUUGAUUUUUUUGAGGAAGAUCUCAGUGAACCUGUAGUUCAGGGUGAUGCCCUUCCUGGACACGUGGGUACAGCAUGUCUCUUAUCAUCUACCAUUGCUGAGAGUGGGAAGAGUGCUGGAAUCCUUACUCUUCCCAUCAUGAGCAGAAAUUCCAGAAAAACAAUAGGCAAAGUGAGAGUUGACUAUAUAAUUAUUAAGCCAUUACCAGGAUACAGUUGUGACAUGAAAUCUUCAUUUUCCAAGUAUUGGAAGCCAAGAACACCAUUGGAUGUUGGACAUCGAGGUGCAGGGAACUCUACAACAACUGCCCAGCUUGCUAAAGUUCAAGAAAAUACUAUUGCUUCUUUAAGAAAUGCUGCUAGUCAUGGUGCAGCCUUUGUAGAAUUUGAUGUACAUCUUUCAAAGGAUUUUGUGCCUGUGGUCUAUCAUGAUCUCACCUGUUGUUUGACUAUGAAAAAAAAAUUUGACACUGAUCCAGUUGAAUUAUUUGAAAUUCCAGUAAAGGAAUUAACAUUUGACCAACUCCAGUUGUUAAAGCUUGCUCAUGUGACUGCACUAAAAUCUAAAGAUCGGAAAGAAUCUGUGAUUGAGGAAGAAAAUUCCUUUUCUGAAAAUCAGCCAUUUCCUUCUCUUAGGAUGGUUUUAGAGUCUUUGCCAGAAGAUGUAGGGUUUAACAUAGAAAUAAAAUGGAUCUGCCAGCAAAGGGACGGAGUGUGGGAUGGCAACUUAUCAGCAUAUUUUGACAUGAACCUAUUUUUGGAUAUAAUUUUAAAAACUGUUUUAGAAAAUUCUGGGAAGAGGAGAAUAGUGUUUUCUUCAUUUGAUGCAGAUAUUUGUACAAUGGUUCGGCAAAAACAGAACAAAUAUCCCAUAUUAUUUUUGACUCAAGGAAAGUCUGAUAUUUACCCUGAACUCAUGGACCUCAGAUCUCGGACAACGCCCAUUGCAAUGAGCUUUGCACAGUUUGAAAAUCUACUGGGGAUAAAUGCACAUACUGAAGACCUGCUCAGAAACCCGUCCUAUAUUCAAGAGGCAAAAGCUAAGGGACUAGUCAUAUUCUGCUGGGGUGACGACACCAAUGAUCCCGAAAACAGAAGGAAAUUGAAGGAAUUUGGAGUUAAUGGUCUAAUUUAUGAUAGGAUAUAUGAUUGGAUGCCUGAACAGCCAAAUAUAUUCCAAGUGGAGCAGCUGGAACGCCUGAAGCAAGAAUUACCAGAGCUUAAGAGCUGUUUGUGCCCCACUGUUAGCCGCUUUGCUCCCUCCUCUUUGUGUGGAGACCCUGAUAUCCGCAUGGAUGCCAAUGGCAUCGACAACGCGGAGAAUGCUUAGUUUUUAUUGCACAGAGGCCAUUUGAGGGCAUGCACCACUAUUCUGGGUAUUCACUUUUCAUCACUGAGCAUUGUUUAUCUAUGCUUUUUGGGUUUCUCAGUCCAAUGAAGCAAUAAUGACGUAUUUUACUGUUUCACUACAGUUCUUGGUAGAAUUUCAAGUAUGCUAUUUAAAUCACUUGGCCAGGUAUAAUUACCAGUCAGUCUCUUUACAAUGAGAAGAUUUAUUGAUUGGUAAAUAUUUUAAACUAAAAACAUAAACCUACAGUGUUAAACAAAUGCUCAUUAAUAGCAUAACUCUUUGAAAUUAAAUAUAUGACUAUCUCAUAUUUUCACUUGUUACAGCUUUUCAUUUAAUCAGGUCUGAAAUCUUUAGCACUUGAGGAAAAUGACUAUGCAUAAUUAUACCUGACCAUGGAAAAAAAAAAGUACCUCAAAUGCAUGCAUUUGCACUAGUGAUUCCAACUGCACAAAUCUUUGUGCCAUCUGUGUACAUAUGUAUUUUUACAUGGAUUGACAUGCACAUUUUCCUUCAGUAUGAACCUUGAGAUGCUGCCAUUUCCCACUUAACCAAACCAAUGCCUGUGUAAACAGUCUGGAAGUGAACCUUGAACACUUGUUUCUUCACAAGUCUUUCAAAAGUUGUUUUGCAUAAAUGUUAAAGUUUCAAAAUGCCGCAGGGUAAUUUAAUGUAUAAAAUAAUAGAGGAAGUAUGUGUUGCAUAGUUAGAGUAGAUCACAUGUAUAAAUUAUAUUCAAUGCAUGCUUCAGGGUUUAAGCAUGAGAUUAUACACGUUUACUUAAGUCCUUGCAUCUGUGGUGCUAGGUGAGUGAGAAGGUGUCAAGGACUGAAAAUAUUUUGUUGCCUGAAAAAAAAAAGCCUGUUUGUAGGCAUUUUAAAUAUGCUUAUUUUAAGUGUCUCUCACUACCUAUUACACACCGUUGCUUUGUGGAUUUGUAUGUUUGUGUUGUACAGUAGUUAAAUCUCCAUGCAGAGAAAUAAAUAUCCUGAAUUCUCAUAUUAGUAUUCUUUAUUGGUUAAUGUAUAUCAUGCAUGUAAUUUAUUUAGAAAUGUAGAAGAUCCUACUAAAUGUAUAUGCAUGUUUUUUAAGAUUAUACUAAGGUUUCUUUCAUUAGAAGCAGAUUGUUUUGACAUAACUGUAACUUAAAAAUGUAUGUUAAAUAAAAUGAUAGAUUUAUUUUCUUCAUUAUAAAAUGAGAUUUUGAGAAGUUACUUUUAUAGAAUCAGUUUUAUAAUAUUGUUAGGAAAAAUUGAAAUUUAGCGUCUAGCCUAAAGAGAUGGCUUAUCUGCAUCUGCAUUUUACUGCAUGUUAUUUGCUAGGCAGUUUAUACAUGUCUUGACAAAUUUGGGUAGUAGCUGAGAACCUAAGACUUGAAAUUAUACAUUGUAUCUUUUUUAUUUUUUGAGCUAAGCAGUGCAAUUUUGGUCAGAUCUUAAUCGUGUCAAGAUAGGCCUUGAAAUCGUACGGUAUUGUAUUGGUAACACUGAUAUUUAAUGGAAAAUAGUUUAGAAAAUGGAGUAUUCUGCAAGGGUUCUGUAUGCUCUGCCCACAUUGAGAUUUUCCAGCAUUUUGGUGUGAAUUAGACACUUUUAGAAAACUCUUGAAAAAGUAUGUUUUCCUCAUCUGCAGAUCCUUGUACAAUACAGUCACCAUUAUGUACGGUAAUUUGAUUGGCCAUAUGUAUGUGUUUCUAGUCCUGUUCCUGUCCCCUAUGCCCUUCCAGUUCCAGCUCCAUUUUGAAGAAUUAAGGGUAGAGGGGAAGCAGAUCAUAAAGGGAAAAAAAGGAGAAAACAGAGGGUGAGGAAAAGGAGGUGUGUUGGGUGCUCUUGAACAGUUUAUAUUUACUGAGAAGAGCUUUACAAUAACUGCUUAAAAUAUAGACAGAAGAACCUCCUUGCUCACUUCCUUUUCUAUCUCUACCUGCCUAUAAGACCCAGUGCUAGUAGAUGAUUGUAACAAGCAUUUUUACAGGACAAGUCCAGGCUCUGUGUCGCUAGCCACUGCCCUAAACACUCAACUCCAGCUACACUGUACCCAGAAGUCCUCUCUUCCCCAUGGACACUUUCUCCCUGCCAAGCUCCCAUUUCUGCUUGAGUCAUCAGUUUUGUCUCUUGAGCCCUUGCCGAAGCUCCUUCAGAAGGGAUGAAUCAGUGUUUUACUCUAUAGCAUUAUGUUCGUACCUUGAUCACGUCAUGCGUCACAGUACCUUCUACAUAGGCAUAGUUGAUGUGUGUCACAUCCACCAGGCUGUGGGCUCUCCAAGAGCAGGAGCCUUGUCUUAUUUAUUUUUAGUUCCACAAUACCUGGAACAUAGUAGAAAAUAAGUGUUGGAAUGAUUGAGAUAAUCUAAUUUGUAUGAAAUGUCCUUUUGAAUUAAGAGAUUUAGUCAUGUUUAGUGAGAAUGUAAGCUUUGAAUUGGUUUACGUUUUGAUCAUUGGGGUUGUUUAUUGACAUCAAUUUUGAAAUGUAGAGGUAUAAUGUUAAAUUUUGUAUUUUUCUGAAAAUUGACUGAAAUAUUUGAUAAAAUGCCACCACUCUGAUAUUUUCUAUCCUCUGAAAUUAUGUACUGUAACUGACUGGGUGUCAACGUGAAGAACACAGCUCACUCCUGUGUCAGUAGUGCCUGAGGGCUACCACAGCUGGCCUCCUGCCACCCCAUUUACCUCACUGCCAUUGUUCCCUGUAACACUCAUUUUUUCUCUCUUCUAAGCCCCAUGCUUAGGCCUACCUCAGAACUGCUUUCCUUAUCUGAAACACCUUCCUCUGCCAUCCUUCAGUGUCCAGCUCAGGUACCACCAUCUCCAUAAAACUUCCUUCAGCUUUUGAUCAGUUUCAUGAUGUUUUAAGAUGUAAACAAAUGCAGACAGCCUCUAAGUUGCACUACUUCAUUUUGCAGCUGAGGUAAUAAACCCAGAGAGGUUAAGUGACUUACCAGGUUGGGACUAGAUUCUUGAGUUUUGUGACUUGUAAUCUGGUAUUCUUAAACUCUGUUGCCUUCGGAAUUCUUGUGGCAUUUGUUAGCAUAUGCUUUCUUAUAGUCCAACUUUUUAUGUGGCUGUUGUAUUUCCCUAAUAAGAUUGUAAGCCCCUUAAGGGCAGGAACAACUUUGCAUUUCUGGCACUACUGCAGUGCUCUAGACUUAGUUAUAAACUAGGUAAAUAAAUGGUGGUGGCAAUGAUCCUAGUUUCCUAACUCAGAUUGUUUGACAGUAUACAUGCAAUUUUGCAUGGCAUGCUUGGCCAUAUUGUCUGGAGUGUGUGCAUGUGCAUGUGUGCAUGUUUGCAUGUGGGGUUCUCACUUGUGCCCUGGUUGCUUGGAGUCACAUAUUUGAUGGGUUACCCUAGCCAAUGAGGAGAAUGAUGGAAGAAUAGUGGUUAUUAUUCCACUGAUUCAAGUGGAAGAUAUGAUACAGCUUUUCCCCAGGUGUGGUUGCCCCUUCCUGGGCAAUAUACCUAAAUUCUACCACUGGUUGACUAAUCAUGAAGAAGGUGCUCCCUUGGAUAGGACUUGCUUGACCCAUGGGAGAGGCCACCUCAUUAGUCCUGGUAGACAGUCAUUCCCCUUGCUUCCUCUUCACAGCUGUGACUAAAUUUUGUCGGUCACUUAACUGCUGGUUUGAUAUUCUAGGUUGGAUAAUGGAGUCCUGUUAAUUUAGAUUUAGAUGCAAUUGAUUUACUUUGCGAUUUGGGUUUGAGCCAUGCAGUUUUGGGGUUGAAAGCAAAGUAUGCAUAUUACUUAGAAAUAUUGCAUCAUUUUUGUGUUCAUGAUUAGAAGUUCAUUCAUAUUACCUCUUAAUGGGCUUGUAUAGUUUUAGAAGUAUAUUUGAAAUGUUAAAUAAUGUAAGAGGGUAUAUGAUUAAGGCCAUACAUGUAUGUGUAUGUGUUGGGGGAGUUAAGAAGAGAUCGUGGAAAACCUUCACGGAGCUCUCAAGCCAGUGCAGAAAGGGGUAGAUGUCAGCGUAGUUGUGAAACCAGUUUGGGGCACAGCCUGUGUAAACUCUUGAUGCCAGGGUAGUAUUUGCGGUGCGUUCAGGGGAAUGAAGGAGCCGCCAUGACAACGGAGAUGAGGUGAUGAAUGCCAGAUAGAGGCUUUGUAUCCUUGGAGGAGAUGAAGAUUAACAAUUUUAAAGAAGGGAAGUGACAUGAAAGACACAUGUUUAAAAAUAAGAGAAAAGUGGUGCUAGUACAGGAAUAAUACAAGGAAAAGUGCUGAGAUUAAUUUGUCACCUCCUAAAUUGGUCCAGGUGUGCCUCUACCUUUUCUGAUGGAGAACAGAAAUAUGGAUGGGAUAAGUGAACUUAGGAAAUUACUUUCAAAGUCAAGCUGUAUAAUUUUGCAGGAAGAAAGCAAUACAAGCUUAGCAAAGGUUCAGUGGUAACCCAUGGUUUCAAAUGCCAUUUAUAGAUAAUUGCCAAGUAUCUCUCUUCAGCCCAGAAACUCCAGAUUCAUACAUCUAGCUGUCUGUCCGUAUCUCCACUUGGAAGUCUUCUGGGCAUCUCACACUUUAAUGUACCUCAGCAAAGUUUGUUCUACCUCCUUCCCUCCCUCUACCACCAAAUCUGCUUGUAUAUCCCCUGUAAUUGGUAACCUAGGAGUCUUCCAUGAUUUUUCUCUUACUGAAACCAUGUGAUUAUUAUAGCUUUACAUUAUAUCUGAUUGGGUGACUGCCCAGUUGUUCUUUUUCAAAGUUUUUUUUAAUUCAUUUUCUUAUGUUUAAUAACUUGAGAAUCAUCAAAUGCCAAAAGAAAUUCUCUUGGGAUUUAGAUAGGUGUUUGAUUGAUUUUCUAGGUUAAUGUGUGGGAAGGAUUAACAUUUUAAGAAUAAGUUUCUAUCCACAAGACAGUAUGUAUCUCCGUUUAUUCAGUAUGUUUAUGUCCUCCAGUAAAAUAAGGAAGGAAAAUUCUGAAUAAAUGACACAGCCACUUACCUCGAUUUUUCGGUUAGGUGUUGUAUGUUUUUUUAAGUCCCUGGGUGGUGCCAACGGUUAAGCACUCAGCAAAUACCCGAAAGGUUGGCGGUUUGAAUCCACCCAGAGUUGUCUUGGAAGAAAGGCUUUUGGCGAUUUACUUCCAAAAGUCACAGCCAUUGAAAACCCUGUGGAGCACAGUUCUACUCUGAAACACACGGGUAGCCAUGAGUCAGAAUCAGCUUAGCAGCAAAUGGUUUUGUAUGUUUUUUAAGUUUAUUCUUAUAUGUAAACUGCUUGUGAAUAGAUUUUUGUUUGGUUUUAUUUCCAUUACAUUUCCUUAAAUACUUUUCUUCUGCACCAAUAAUAAGCUUUUUUUUUUUUUUUUUGGUCCAUUGGUCUAAUAUCUGGCUACCUCGAUAAACUUAUUAAUGAAAAUUGUUUGUCAUUAAGUCUAUGGGAUUUUCUGGAUAACUGAUCAUGUUAUCUGCAGUGUGUUUUUCUUUCUGAUUUUUUAUAACUUUUGUCUUAUUAGCUAGUCACAGUUACAGGCAUCUUCAUUUCUUUACUGACUGUAAUGAGGAUGUAAAUGUGAUGGCUGCUAAAGUUUCCUAGCACAUGUUCAUUUUAAUUAAUUGAAUAAUGUGGAGAUUGUUGAAACGGCAAAUGUUUUGUUACAUAUAUAUUUACCACUCUAUUCCCAUAACUCCCCCU